ACGUUUUAUUCCUGAUAUAUUGAGGUGCAGUAGGAGGUUGAGUUCUUUCUCUGUGCGUCACUGUGUGUCAGUGAUUUAUUUUUUUCCACAAACAGCCAACCUGUUAGAGAAAGAGAGAGCACUACUGCUGUCAGCUACUGGGCUUAACUAGGGGACAGAAAGCCUAGCCAUUGUUAUUUAUGCUAAAAAAAAAAAAAGUUAGGGUGGUGUGUGUGUGAGAGAGAGAGAGACAUUCAGAGGAGCUCAGCUUUCCUAAGAAAUUUGAGGAAGUCAUUUUCUCCUUCUGCGUUUGUGAACAGAUCUUUAAUCAACAAGUAUGGCACAAACAGAGUAUGAUGAAGUUACAGAGGUGGUGUGUUUGGAGUCAGAGCUGCAGGAUGGACAAAUGAAGGAAGUUGAUGUGGACCAUCAGAAAAUUCUGUUGGUUCGUAAUGAAGGCCAGUUCACUGCCGUGGGCGCUGUGUGUACUCAUUAUGGAGCACCGCUUAUUAAAGGUGCUUUAGUGGGAAAUAGAGUGAGGUGUCCUUGGCAUGGGGCUUGUUUUAACACUAAAACAGGAGAUAUUGAAGAGUUUCCAGGCCUGGACUCUUUGCCCACAUACAAGGUGAAUGUUGAGAAUGGUAAAAUUCAUAUUACAAGAAAUAAAAAGAAUCUGACUAAACGUGUUAAAGAAAUGAGCUGUAGAGUGCCUGGAGUCUGUCACACCAUACUUUUAAUUGGAGGAGGCCCUGCCUCCUUGCAAUGUGCAGAAACCCUUCGACAGAAUGACUACCAGGGGCGAAUUAUAAUGGUCACCAAAGAUGAGCAGCUUCCUCUUGACAAGACAAAACUUAGUAAAGCCAUGAAUAUAGAGAGUGAAAAAAUUCUCCUUCGGUCAGGUGACUUCCUAAAACAGCAUGGCAUUGAAGUGUGGCCAGAGAAGGAAGUGGUGUCCAUGGAUACAGAAGAGAAAACGGUCAGUUUUCACGAUGGUACCAUUCAACACUACAAUCAGCUCUUGAUCGCUACAGGAGCGAGAGCUCGGAGUAUGCAGUGUCCUGGUGCUGAAUUGGAGAAUGUGAAACUCCUGCAGAGCUACAAAGAUGCAACUGAGAUUUAUCAGAUGAGUGUAGGCAACAGGGUGGUGAUCAUUGGAACGUCUUUUAUAGGAAUGGAAGUAGCAGCUUUUCUGUCUGACAAAGCAGCUAGUGUAGCUGUUGUGGGCAAAUCUGAUGUGCCUUACCAGUUUUCACUGGGAACAGAUAUUGGCAAAAUGACUAUGCAGAUGCUAGAGGAGAAAAAUGUGAUAUUCUACAUGAACAAUGGUGUGGCUGAGAUACAAGGGGACAAUGGAAAGGUCAAGCAAGUGAUGCUGCAAAAUGGUCAUGUGUUGCCAGCUGAUGUUGUAAUUGUGGGAAUUGGCGUCAUUCCAAACUCUGAUUUCCUGAAGGGGAGCAUGGUGGAGGUUGACUCAGGAAAUGCCAUCAUUGUUGACAAGUUUAUGAGAACCAACAUUCCAGAUGUCUUUGCUGCUGGGGAUGUGGCAUCAUUUCCUCUUUGGAUUCUUGCAGAUAAAAGGGUCAAUAUUGGACACUGGCAAUUGGCACAAGCACAUGGCCGGGUUGCAGCUUUAAACAUGCUGAAUAAGCAAACUAAACUCCACUCAGUCCCAUACUUCUGGACUCUGUUAUUGGGAAAAAGUAUCCGAUAUACAGGUUAUGGUGAAGGCUAUACAGAUAUUGCUUUCAAAGGAAGUGUUGACGAGAGGAAGUUUCUUGCAUUUUAUAUAAAGGGUGAUGAAGUUAUUGCAGCAGCCAGCUUGAACUUUGACCCUGCUGUCUCAAGGGUGGCAGAGAUGAUGGCAACGGGGAAAAUUAUUACAAAGUUAGAAGCUGAAUCAGAGGACCUUGGAUGGUUGCAGCUCCCUUAGAUGGAUCAUGGACAUCACUAAUGGCUACAGAAGAUUCCUUGAAUAGUUUACAAAAGUGCUUUUUGCUACUGACCAUGAACUUGUGGAACAACAUACACCUUCGAAACAAUAGCCAUGUGGUGGAUCAUGACCUUUGUUUUACCCAGCCAUUUUAUUUCUGCUUUAGAGAAGGUAUUAAUCUCCUUGUGUGAAAUCGUUAAAGAUUAGACAUUAGCUCCAGCACCAACUUUGGUACUACAUAAAUGGAAAAUCAACAACUUUUGAAGGCUUUUCUUUAAUUUUUGUAUGUUUACUUUCAAUUGUCCUUCUAUUCAAAGUGCAUGUACCUUUUAUUCUAAAGUGUCUGUAGUUUGUGUUUGCAUAUAAUGUUUUUGUUGGACUGGAGCAACAGAACAGCCAAACCAUUUCUUGGAGAUACCUUCCCCUUCUUGCUUUAGCUAUUGUAUUGUUAGUAGUUGUUUACAUUUUGUUUUCCUUUCAGCAUUGCUGUUCUCUUUGCCCUUUUUUUUUUUUUUUUUUGGUGAUGGAAAUCCAGAAAAUCAAUAAGUAUUUUAUAUAUUAUUAAAGGAACCAUUUCCAAAAACAUUAGAAUUAUAUAACUCGUAAUAAUUAUGACUUGGAUUUGUCUGUAGCUGUGUGCAGAAGUUAAGUAGAAACCUUGGAGCAAAGAAAUUAUAUGAAUCCUGUAGUAGUGUCCAAACAUGCUUGUAAUUAAAUUUAAUAUGCAAAUUUGGCACUGAGAUUGAUGUUGUAAUAAAAUAAACAGAAUAUAAGACCUGUGAAUGAACUAAAAAAAUUAGAAGAGAUUUUGGACAUCUAGUUAAAUGGUAUUGAUUAAUGGUGAUGCUUUAGAAGUGUUUAACAGUUAGUGUUCUUCCAGACCUAAAAUACU